AUGACUGCCACACUUGACCAGGUCGCCGACAAGACAUUCGACUACGUUGUCGUCGGCGGAGGGACCGCUGGACUCGUCGUCGCUUCACGUCUUUCUGAGGAUGCUACCGUCUCUGUCUUAGUGCUGGAGGCAGGACCUCCGAACAUCGACGACCCCGCCAUCCUGACCCCGGCCGCAUUCGGUAGCCAUUUCGGAAAGCCUCACUCUCCGCCUAGGUUCCGCAAGACCAUUCGGGCGGACGUUCUGUCUACUGGGCUCGUGGAAAGGGACUUGGUGGUAGCUCCCAAGUCAACUUCUUUCAGUACCACCGUCCCGCACAGUCCGACAUCAACGCGUUUAGCCUGGGAGAAGCUCGGUAACCCCGGGUGGAACUGGGAUCUUCUCAAGAAGUACUACAUGAAAUCUGAACGGUUUAUCCCGCCCGAGCAUAAGACAGAAGAGAUGAGCCCUCUGACUGUCGCUUACCCUAUCACCCUCUCUGGUUUCGAGGGUCCAUACCACCAGGCCUUGAAAAGUCUCGGCAUUCAGCGUGCGAGCGAACCCUUCUCGGGCAAUACCAAGGGGACUUGGUUGACGCCGGUCACAAUCCACCCGACCGAGCGCGUUAGAUCUUAUUCGACCAACAUGUACUUCACCCCUAAUGCUGCGAGACCCAACUUGACUGUCUUCUGCUCUGCUCAAGUCUGCAAGCUUGAGCUUACCAAGGGUGACUCCGUCACUGCGACCGCCGUAGAAUUUGUUCAUGAAGGCAAAACGUAUAAAGCAUCUGUCAAAAUGGAGGUCGUCUUGUCCGCAGGCGUCGUAAUGGAUCCCCAGAUCCUCGAAAUCUCCGGUAUUGGUGACAAGAAGGUUUUGGAACACGCCCUGAUCGAUACCUUCGUCGAUCUUCCCGGCGUGGGCAACAAUGUUCAGGAGCACGUCUACAGUGGUGCUAGCUAUGAGGUCAAACCAGAGAGGGAAGACGAAUUUCUGACAUUCGAUUGUCUCCGUGACCACGAAGAACUUGUCAAGCAGACAGAACUCUACAAGAGUGGCAAAGGCGUAUUUGGAAUGUCGUCUAUCUGCAUGACCUUCGUCCCGCUCGCUUCCAUCAGCAGUAAUUCUCAGGCUCUGCAGCAGAGGCUCUACGACUCGAUCGAGGCCGGCAUUGUUGCGAAGAAGUUUUCUUCUGCUCUGCAGAAGCAGUUCAAGGUUCAACUCGAACACAUCAAAGCCCAGGACCCGAGCUGUGAGCUCGUGCUGACUCAGGCUUGUAGCUCGAAGCCCAAUUUGCCUGAGCCGAAGAAGAAGUACAUCACGUUAACCAGUCUGCUUAACCAUCCCUUCUCCCGUGGAACCAUUCAUGUCAAGUCCAAUGAUCCGUUGGAACCACCGGCCAUCGACCCACACUACUUCGAAGAGGAGUACGACAUCCGCACGUUUGUUGAGAUGAUGAAGUUCAACCGUCGGCUGGCACAGCAGGAGCCGUUGAAGAGCAUUCUCACAGGCAAGACUCUUAAAUCGUUCUCCAGCGAUACCCGGACUGAUAUGAUAUAUAAAGGAGCGGAGUUGAACCCUGGCCUCGCGUACUACCUCAAAGCCCAAUGCAAUACGACCUAUCAUACCGUCGGGUCCUGCUCCAUGCUUCCACGCGAGGACGGAGGAGUCGUUGAUACUAGGUUAAGGGUAUAUGGUACCACCAACGUUCGCGUGGUCGAUAUCUCCAUCAUCCCCCUCCACAUCGGUGCCCAUAUGCAAGCGACAGCAUACGCUCUCGGAGAGCUGGGCGCGGACAUGAUCAAGGGGAGCAUCUUCUGA